UACGUUUGUUGUGAAGGCCAUGGAAAUGGCUACUGAAGGGAGUCAAUACGAUCAUGUUAUUGUACGCAAUUUAAAGAUUUAUUAAUGAACAAUGUUUAAUAUUUAUUCGCGUUUUUGUUCUAUUAAAAUUUAAUGACAAUGUAUUUCUUAAAUAGUUUAUUCUCAAUUUCGGUUGAUUGGUGUCGGAGUGCGGUGUAGUGGAGUGUAGUUUAACAUGGCUGAAAAAUCGCAGAAAACAUCAAAGGGAUUGGAAAAGAACAAAUAUUCUAAUGCAGUGAAUCGUACUACAAGUGAGUCUUUAAGGUUAGGGGAAUCUGAUAAACCUAUAGCUCACCCAACAACUUUAAUUUCAUCAGCAACGAAUGCUAAAAAGAAAACUUCCUUUCAAAUAACCAGUGUGACAGUAGGUUCUCGCACGAGUAAUGACGGCGGUGAAGAUUCUGCAGACGACUUGGAUGAAUCACAUACUGAGGAUAUAUCGGAUGUUGUUGAUGUUUCACGUGUGACAGACAUUGGAAACGAAACUCCUAGUUAUUCAGAAGAUACAUUUUCUAAAGACGAUGUUUUUUUCAAUACUUCCGCUUCUCUUGGCACUGCACCCGUCAUACCUACUAGUUCGCAAUACGGAUUAGCUAUAGUAGAUGCUAAUGAAAAUUGUGGAAACUCUCCCUCAGCCUGUGUAAAUAAUAUAGCAGGUAGUGAAUUACAUGUUACGGUUCCAGAUAGUGUGAUAAAUAUAGUAGGCGUUAAGCAUAAUGAAACUGAAAUGAGGGAUAUCCAUUCGCAUCCGGGAAGAAAUGAGCGAUUUAAAGUUGUGAAAAUAGAAAGUACAGAACCUUUUAAAAGAGGACGGUGGAUUUGCAUGGACUAUUUAGAUCAUAGUAUGAUUCAAAGCCAACAAACUCAAGCUAACGUUUCGAAUUUACCAGUUAAAGAGCAGAUUGAAAACGUGCAUAGCCCAGCUACUGUUGGUCACCAGGCAACAGAUAGUGGCAUUUGUUUGUCAGAUAUGAACUCUCAAAACAUGAACUCCGUUGAAGACAAAGUGCCUUUAAACGUUGACAAAGGGACACAACAAGAUCAACAACAAUCAAAUGUUCAAUAUAUUAACCAAAAUAGUGGACAAACAAAUACUGGUGCUUAUUCUAACCCAUCUCCUGGACAAACUAUGCAGUCCCAGCCAGUAAGCAUUAGUAGCAGCCAGGCUCAAAUGCUUCAACAACACAUUCAAAGCAUGUCUUUGAAUUCACCCAUGAAUCAAAACAUGUUGAAUACGAAUCAGCAUCAGAGUCUUCAAGCACAACAGAUGCAACAAGUUAUAGCAAGUGCGAACAUGCAAAUGCCUCAGGUACCAUUGCCUCAACAACUGGGUCAACCUGUACAGAUGCAGCACCUUCAACAAUUCCAACAACCUCAACAGGUGCAACAGCAAGUUAUUCAGCCGAUGCAACCAGUUCAUAGUAUUCAGUCACAACCAAUGCAAGUACCUCAAACAAUAAUCCAGACUAUACCACAACAACCGAUAUCAGCACCAGCAAACUACCCUCCAACUUCGGCGCAUAUUGCACAAACCAUUCAGAUGCCUGUACAGACGCAGCCGUCACCACAAACCUAUCCAGUAGCAGCAGGAGGCAGUCUACAGCAGUGUCCACCAGGCAUGAUAUCGGUGCAACAGCAUCCAAUGCAACAACCACAAUACUACACCACCACUCAAGGCAUUUCGAUGAUGCCGUCGCAGCAGCAACCACCGCAAAUGAUGACUAUUCCGACGCAGGUGCCGCAUCAGCAGACAGCUGUCGGCAUGCAGCAGCCGUAUGCAAUGCAGCCACAACAACAACAACAGCAGGCGCAGUCACAGGGUCAACAACAGCAGCAACAGAUGCACCACGUGCCGACGACGUCGAUGGCCGGCUACGCCCCGGUGCCGACUGCCGCCCAGGUGGUGGCCGCCGUCAGCCAGGCGGCCGCAUCUAUGGUGCCUACGUCACAGUCUGCCGCCACCCAGAUGAUCCAGCAGAUGUACGGCACUGUCAUGCAGGGCCAAAUGUUCAGGAACGGGGCGGUACCCUCCAGUGUGGUGGACGCCAUCACCUCUGAGCCUGGAGUCAUCGAGCGGGUCGUCCAGUCCACUGGCAUCCUCGAGACGCUCGCCAAUGUCGCUUCUAUCAACAACAACGACAACUCUGAGACACCGGCCGCUGGAGAGGAUCCAGAGAGCUUGGCGGGUCUAGCUCGUGCCCUGGUCCAUGGCAGUUGCAACGACCUCACCCAGCUAGAUCGUCAUCACGUGGUCCGCGAGCCCUCCCCGACCUCCAGUACCUCCGGAGCAAGUGCUGUGGCCAUUGACAACAAAAUUGAACAGGCCAUGGACCUGGUCAAAAGUCACCUGAUGUUCGCUGUGCGGGAAGAAGUGGAAGUAUUAAAGGAGAAGAUCGCCGAACUGAUGGACAGGAUAAACCACCUGGAGUUUGAGAAUUCGUUUCUGAAGGCGAACGCAACGCAGGAGACGCUGGCCCAGCUGUCCAGCAUGCCGCAGCCGCCUUCGUCGAGUGGUGCGCCCUAGGCUGACUGCGCAGCGCCCCUGGUGUCACCUACUGGAACUAUGUGACGCUGCACCUGCUGCAGCUCUGGCAGUCGUCGCCCUCUGCCGGCGAUCACUCUGCUACACAUUUCUCUGUUGCGCGCGCCUUUCAAUCUGUGCGACGUCUAUUGAAUUUUGUGUAUUAAAAAAAAUUCGCUUGUAUUUAUCUCUAGUUUGUAAGAAAUGCAUUACAACUACAUUAAUUGUAGCCAUGAGAUUACUUGUUGAAUAUUAUGAACACUCUCGGCAUUAUUUCUCAUGUAGAUUAACUACUGUUACUUGAUUAUUUUACAAGUUUGUAUUUGUUGUUUACCAGGGUGUAUGUAUCUAUUCAAAUGUACGGUGUAAAUAAAACAUCUCAUCGGAGACGUGAAUGAAAUUAUCACUAAUAUUUUAGGCUUUUAAAUAUUUUUAAAUGUUUAUAAUACAUUAAAUUCAAGGCGCUGUUUCUCUAAGACAUCAAUCAGUCAAUCACCUUGUAGCAUAUCGCUGGAUCAAACCGCACUAGAUGUAGAUCAAAUUAAGACAAAGCUUGAGCUACCAUGUAGCACACAGAAUUGGAUACUCUGUGUGCUGGCUGUUUGUUGAAAUUUAGCAAUCACUUAUCAGAAGUAUCAUUUCAUCGAAAUCAAUAAUCUCUAUUGUUAUAAUAACUGCAAUUUUUGACUACUCAGUCUCUACAUUUAGAAUUAUAUGAAAAAUCCGACACACAUCUCUCAAUUCAUUUUGAUCAUAAACUUCACAAUUUAUCAAUUUCUAUGAAAUCUAAUAUUAAGCUCGUUUCUCAUGUGACUAAAUUAUAAUCAAUCAAUCUUCGAAUAAUCAGUGCUGGUUACCGCAUAUUUUACUACAUCCAAAUUAUUGUUUGAAUCAAUGAUUUAAUUACUAUGUCGACACACAAUUCAAAUAAAUUAUGUAAGUAUGAACCAUGAAAUUGAUAUUGUUGAGUUAUUCAUACUAAAGUCGAAUAUACAAGUAUCUUAGCAUCAAUUUGAAAUGAAAUAACUUGCUUUUUAGUGAUGUUCGACUUUUUUGGACUCCAACCAUGCUCUUUGAAGAAAAAAAACGGACGAUUAGUUUUUGGGGUCUCCCUCACUACAUUUACUAAUAGUAUGGUUUAAAAACAGUCCCAUCCCCUCAUUUUACCGAAAUUUUAAAUGCUUCCAGUAACAAUUUUUAUAUUAUAGUUGUUGUAUCUAUUCAAUGUCUUAGAUUUAAUCUAAAUUUAUAAUUGGUGGUAAAUCGCUUUUUCUCUAGUUCACCGGGCUUUUCAUUAUGUAUUGUAUUUCUUAUUAUUAUAUGGAUGGAGCUGUUUGAGCGUAAUUCUAUUUGAAUUCAAUAAACUAUUGAAAUAAAUUCACAUUUACUCAACUAGCAAAUGUAAUUUUGGUAAAAUUUAUACAAUUCAUAGAUAUCAAAAUAUUGACACGCUUUAAAGUUUUCAUUUUAAAAUGUAGUAAGACAAUAUUAUUCAUAAAUUUGAAGCAUGACACUCUCUUGAGAAUUAUCAUUUGAAGCUAUUUCGCAGAACAUCUAAAUUGUAAACAUUCAUUUGACAUUAUCAAUGAUAAAGAAUGACAAAAAAUAUUUGAAAAUUCUACAGCAUUAAAUAUAUUCUCCACAUUCUAUUAAUUAUAUUUUCAAAAGCCUUUUAACUACUUUGAUAUAUUUUUAAUGGUUAUUGUUUAUUUACCUUAAACCGUAUAGAAUGAGUACUGUGUUUUCCAGUGUAUCUUAUUGAAAUUUUAAUUUCGAUCACUUUUUAUUCAGAAGUUAUUUUCGAUUGCAAACUCCACUUAUCAAUGAAAGCAACUAAUCCACUAAAUGGAUGAGUAGUGAUUUUUAAUUUGGUUGUCUUAUUCAAAACCAAUGUGUAGGAGAAUUUCUAAUAAUUAUGCUUUUUCGACUUGUAGUAUCGACAAAUUUUGUAAGUGGUAUUGAAAUGAAUAUUGAUUUAAUAACUAGUAGUACUGUUAUCCAUCCUAUCAGUAUCUAAAAUCGUUAUGGUCUUAUAAAGUCCUCGACAAUAUCAUUCUUCCUAGCAAAUUGUUGAAACUUUCUUUUAUAGAACUUGAUGACACUUAAAUUUUGAAAUUGAAACAACCAUCCAAUAACUAACUUAUCGAAAUCAGUAACUUGAAAGUUAUCUCACCCUGUUAAUACUUGAAACUUACAAUCUUGCAAUGAUAUACCGCAUAUUAUCACUCCAUUCAUCAUUAAUGGACAUUUGAUGACAUUGAUUAUGUUUUAUACAAAUAUAUUUCAAUCCAUAUUGAAUUCUUUCAGCUCUCAUAUAGCUUCAGCGCUGAUAAUCCAAUGCCUCUCUUAUGAUUCGAUAACCGAUAACAGUUGUAAUCAAUUUCAACGUUUAGCAAGAAUCGUAAUUAAGUAUGAAGUAUGACUAUUUUUAUCCUAGUAUGUAAACCUAUUGCUAUUAAUGUUAUCUAUAGUCUUUGAAUGUAAGUCUAAAAUUAAUAUUGUUCCUGGUCACUAUUUCGGACAUUGAAUUGAUUCUGUUUGAUUGCAGACUGUUAUACAUCAGUUAUUUCAACAGUCGAUAGUAUUUUAUUAAAACCUAUAGAUAUUAAUAAACACUAGAAUUUAAGAUCGACGAUAUAACUCACAUAAUCAUACUAUACUAGCGAAAGCAAAAGUGAUUGGUUGAAAGAAUAAUGAUUUCAUAGAAGCUGUGUUAACGGUGAGAGCAUUUCAUUAUUGGAAGUUGAAGAAUGGUUUUAUCUAUAACGUAUAUAUUUUGUCAUAUGAGAAGUCUAUAAUAUAAAUAAUUGAAUUACAUAUUUUCAUGCAUAGUUGUAGUUUUGCAACUAUGAUGCUAUCUAUGUUUGAGAAGAUAUGGGAAACCAAUAUGUUGAAGUUUUGUGAACGUUUUGUUGAAAUAGUGAGAAUGUGUUUGUACAUGCUUUCCUGAAUAUUGUCUAGAUCAUUCAUUACUCUUGUAAGCCUGUAAACCUACUGUGAUAAAAAUAGAUUGUAGAUUCGACUCAAAUAAAAUUAUUGAUUGACUGUC